GAAAAAAACAAAUCCAUCCGAGCUCCCGAAGCCAGCCGACGCUCUCGCCGCGAGGGUUUUGCCGUCGACCUCGCCGCCCAAUCCUCCCCCCUUGGUCACCGUCGUUCCCGCCCAGCUUCCCCCCUUCCGGCUGGCGCCGCCCUUCCUGGUUCGUCGGCUCCUCCGAGCGCCUGCCGGGUCUUGAGACUGCCCAAGUUGUGCAGCUGAGAUAGUGAAUGGAGGAUCUCCCAGAGCCACUGCUUGCAGAGAUCGUCAAGAGGAUUACCAAGACAAGUGAUCUUAAUUCUCUUUCCCUCGUGUCGAAGCAGCUCUGCACCGUUGAGGCGGAGCACAGGGAUGCUAUCCGUGUUGGCUGUGGACUCAACCCUUCUACAGAAGCCUUGGUAUCGUUGUUCUCCCGGUUCCCCAAUUUGGCGAAAGUAGAGAUAAACUAUUCCGGAUGGUGGCCCAGUAACGGGAACCAGUUGAACAACCAAGGCCUCUGUGUUCUAUCAUCUCACUGCCCCUCACUGUCCGAUCUUUCUUUAAGCUUCUGCUCUUACAUUGGUGACUCUGGUCUUGGUUAUCUAGCUGAUUGCAAAAAAUUGAGGUCGCUCAGGCUGAACUGUGCACCAGCAGUAACUUCUACUGGGAUUUUUCGUGUGGCGGUUGGUUGCAGGCAUCUUUCGGUUCUUCACCUUGUUGACUGUAUGGCAGUAGACAGCAGGGAGUGGCUGGAGUACCUUGGGAGAUAUGGAUCAUUGGUAGAACUUGUUGUAAAGGAUUGCGAUGGAAUCAGCCAGUAUGACCUCUUAAAGUUUGGCCCAGGCUGGGAGAAUCUCCAAAAAUUUGUGUUUGAGAUUAAUGGAAACUACUGGAUGUCAGGGGCGUCUGACCCCUCCUACGUGUCUGGCUACCCAUAUAGGUAUGACAUCUGCUGUGAUAGCUUGAAGGAUCUUAGGUUAGCUCAUAUUAUAACCGAGCCAGAAACUGGACUUCGUUUUCUCCUGGGGAAGUGCAAAGCAUUGGAGACGCUUUACCUAGAGUAUGUGAUUGGUCUAAAAGAGAAUGAGACGAUUGCGCUAUUCCAGAGGUGCAGCAACCUUAAAACCAUCUCACUUCGGUUCAUGCCUCUGCGGUGUGAAGAUUAUGAGUUUAGGACGCCAUUGACUGAUGUUAGCCUUAAGGCUCUAGCUCUCAGCUGCCCUAUGCUUCAGGUUGUAGAGCUCACAUUCACAUUUUGCGAACCCAUGUAUCCAACAGAAAUAGGUUUCACACAAGAGGGUAUUGUGUCGCUCGUCCAAUCUUGUCCAGUCCGCACUCUUUUGCUAAAUGGUGCCAGCAUUUUGUAUGACGAGGGGUUGAAGUGCCUCUCAUCCUCACAGUUCCUGGAGAAGCUUGAGCUCGUGGAUUGCAGGUCUAUAACCGAUGCUGGUAUGAGUUUCAUUAUACUGGCUCCUUGCUUCAGCAAUCUCACCCUCCGCAAAUGCAAGAAAGUGACAGACAAUGGGAUGGCUGAGCUGGCACGUUCACAGAAGUUGGAGUCACUGACCGUUAUAGGCUGCUGCCAGAUCUCUCAGGAGGGUGUGCAAGGGGCUGCCAAAUCAGUUCACUACUCUGCAGAGACUGAAAGCCACGGCAGUCUAAAAGGAAUGAACACGGACAGGGACAUGAACAGGAAAAGACGCCGGUCGCCCUGAAUCCAAUCUUUGGCUAUUAAUUUGUGUUUGCUAUAUAUCAGCAGAAGCUUGAAACCGCAAAACUAUGAAAGUAAAUUCGGAGGACAGGUCCACCUGCCAUUUCCAUGCAAUAAGUUUUAGUUGGCUUUGGAUGUUCUAGACUUGUUUUGGUAAUGCGAGCUCUGUUUUAGGAAUUUGCCAUAAUUCUUGCGUAUGUUAUGACAGUAGCUUCGAUUUGUAAUCUCUUUGCAGUCCUCAUAUCUGUAAAGUCUACUUCCUUUCACUGACUGCUCCAAACAUCAACCUAUUAUUCUUAUACCUUUUGCCUGCUUGUGCAACAUUUAA